GAUUCUCUGUCUUACAACACAGGCUCCAGUAUAUAAAUCAGGCAAAUUCCCCGUUGAGCAUGAACCUCUGAAAACUGCCGGCAUCUAAGGUCUCCUCCAAGGAAGGCCCUCUGGAGUCCAGCCCAUAAUGAAGGUCUUGGCGGCAGGAGUUGUGCCCCUGCUGCUGGUUCUGCACUGGAAACACGGAGCAGGGACCCCCCUUCCCAUCACCCCAGUCAACGCCACCUGUGCCACCCGCCACCCAUGUCACAGCAACCUCAUGAACCAGAUCAGGAACCAACUGGCGCAGCUCAAUGGCAGUGCCAAUGCUCUCUUUAUUCUCUAUUACACGGCCCAGGGGGAGCCGUUCCCCAACAACCUGGACAAGUUGUGUGGCCCCAAUGUGACGGACUUCCCGCCAUUCCACGCCAACGGCACGGAGAAGACACGGCUCGUGGAGCUCUACCGUAUCAUCGCAUACCUUGGCGCCUCCCUGGGCAACAUCACCCGGGAUCAGAAGGUCCUCAAUCCCAAUGCCCUCAGCCUCCACAGCAAGCUGAACGCCACGGCGGACAUCCUGCGGGGCCUCCUCAGCAAUGUGCUCUGCCGCCUGUGUAACAAAUACCAUGUGGCCCACGUGGACGUGGCCUAUGGCCCUGACACCUCGGGCAAGGACGUCUUUCAGAAGAAGAAGCUGGGCUGUCAGCUCCUGGGGAAGUAUAAGCAGGUCAUUGCCGUGGUGGCCCAGGCCUUCUAGAUGGGAGGUCUUGAAGCCUGCAGGGAACACCCUGAGAUCCUAGGCUCAGGCGGCUCUCAGACUGUGGCCAUGGCCCAGAGCAUCGCCAGGCCAAAUUGGGGGCUGCCGGCAGACCCCCGAGGGUUCCUGGCCAGUCCACUCCCCUUAGGGUGGGCUGUGAUAAAGCCAAGCAGUGCCAAUUAGGAGAAGGACCCUUCCUGUGGGAGACUGCAGCCAGGCACCAGGGUAUUGGGCUGGUGAGGGGAUUGUGGGCUGGACCUCUGUCCCCACUUGGCCCACUUGGCUAGGGACUUUGUGAGAAAACCGCACAAGUUGUCCAUGGUGAUUCUGACUGUGGGGCCCGACGGCAGGGGUCAGCCCCGCAGAAUUACCACCAUUGGUGCCUUUGCUGCCCCUUCUGGAGUCUUUGGAAGGUUUGACCGGGCUCAGGCAGGUCAGAGGAGCUAGGAUCCAGAGGACUCCUUGGGCCCCUAUAAGUAUAGUGAGUGGAAGAGAGAAAGGGGAGCUCUGGUUUAAGAUAUUCCUUUUCUUGAGCAUGAUCGGAGAGCGCAGGCCUAGAGACUGGACUGUGAAACAGAAAGUUCCAGAAUGAGCUCACUGGGAUUCAGGCCUCUAGGGAGGCCGAGAGGCUACCUUCAGGCUUGGAAAGGUAGAGAGGUCCUGAGAGCCUUGGCAGGCUCUCCUUCCCUGCAGUCUUUCCGGAAGCCUGGGAUGGCCAGGAUCUGGUGGUUGGACCUGGAGGUAGGGUUUGGGGAGGUGGGGAGGUGGCAAAGUUAGGUGAAGAGGUUCCGAGGGCACCCAGAGUCUUCCUUCUGGGCCGGGGUCUGUAAGGGAUGGGAAGGGAUGGGAAGAACUGGGUAGUUCAGGGUGGCAGCUCACAUCCGGGACCCCUGGAGGUCCCGUGAGGUCACACAAAGGUACUUGAUGGGGACUAGAGGCCAUCUCUGGUUCCUAGAACAAGGGGACAGCAGAACCUGAGGUCAGGGUCUUAGUAAGCCUGAGAGCCAAGAGUGCUGUGUGUCUGACCCAGCACGAUUGUCUAUUUAUUAUGAUGCCCUAUUUAUAUUAACUUAUUGGUGCUUUAAAUGGCAAAGUAAGUUUCCCUUUCCCUGCUUCCUACUCAACAGAAAUAAUACAAUGUCUCAUAGAAGAGCCAGGGCCCAGCCUUCACAGGGACUGGUCCUGAAGUCAAAGAUGUUACAAGUAGAAGAAGCCUUACGGGUGAAGCUCAGAAGAGAGUCAGGAUCGGAGAGAACUGGUCACCUGGGUGGGGGACAGGGGACCCGCCUCCAUACCCCAUCCCAACCGUGGCCUGAUUUGGGGAUAUCAAGAUCCUGGGUUCACGGCAGGCUGGGCGGGCUUGUGGAGUGAUGGCCUGGGGGCCGUCUCCUGGGGCCGCCAUCUUGCUUGGCUCCAGGGGGCUCACUCAACACUGUGUUUUCUGGCAGUUCCUUGGAAUUGUGCUGUGAGGGGUAACAUUCGCGAAUAAGAGGGUGCCCGGGAACCCUGGGUAAGGCAGUCCUGGCGGCCCGCUCUGCUGCUGUUUCCUUGUUCCCAUGCUGUCUCUAGACCAGCAAGGGGUUCUGGAACCGUCCUGAGCCAGCAUCCAGCAUGCUUGCACACAGUGGGGAAGCUCCUGCUCGGGUGGGCCAAACACCCACAAAGGGCCAGAGGGCCUGGCUGGACCUCUGGGAAGCUGGAGCAGUGCAGGGAGGAGCUCCCUGCUCUGGAGAGGAGGAUAGGGAGGCCCUGGGCCCACAACCAGGAAGCUGUGGUCCCUCCUGCCCCACCUCCCCCCACGCCCCCACCCAUGUCUGGGCUCCCAGGCAGGGAACCCGAUCCUUUCCUUUGUGCUGGGGCCAGGCAAGUGGAGAAACGCCCUCCAGUCUGGGAGCAAGGGAGGGGGUGCCGAGCUGGGGCAGCUGCUAAGAGGAACAUUCUGGCUUCUUCUCAAACCCUGAGCGGGUGGCGGUCCUAGCAGUUCAGCCAAUGCUAUUAUGGUACUUUGCACUCACUUUGCACCUCUCUGUCUUCCCUGAGCACUUUAC